UCACUCCCAUCCCCGAAUGGUUAGACCCACAUAGACCAAAUACUUCCACUUUAAAGGUGAUAGUAGGGGAGGUGGAGUUCCUUUUCUCGACAAAGGAAGUUUUUUUGAGUAUGGGUUUUUUUCCUGAUAUUUAACGAAUUUGUACAGGAAGACCUUUUCACUUGAGGUUCAUUUCGAUUUUCCAGAGGUAUCAUGUCUACUGGGUCUCCCAGUGACACCGAGGAGUUUCAGGAAAUGGAAUUACAGGGGCUUCAUCUUAAGUGUAACGGGUUGAAACACGAGUCGAACGAGGCGGAAUUCUAUCUCUCUGCUGAAGACACUGACGAGUCGAGCUCUGAAUGCGGCUCCAAGAGGAAGAGGCGAGGGUCUGUGAGGAGAAAGCAACCGGCCAGGCUGGGCAAAGAGGGCAAGCAAUCACAGAGAAACGCCGCCAACGCCCGGGAGAGAGCCAGGAUGCGCGUCCUGAGCAAAGCCUUCUCCAGGUUAAAGACCAGCCUGCCCUGGGUUCCCUCGGACACCAAACUGUCCAAGCUUGACACCCUCAGACUGGCAGCUAGCUACAUCGCACAUUUAAGGCAAAUCUUAGCAAAUGAUAAAUACGAAAAUGGAUACGUUCAUCCGGUAAAUCUGACCUGGCCAUUUGUGGUCUCAGGAAGAUCCGAAGUAGAUAGCAAAGAUCUCUCUACCACCUCUAGAUUGUGUGGGACAACAGCUUAACAAAAUAAGCGCCUUCCAUCUUAACUCCCCCAUCAGCAGCUAAAGUUUGGCCAAACUGAUCAUGCGGAUGCUUCAUGGAAAUGAUGGAGGGUGGCAUCGUUUUCUUAAAAUAAAUGCGUUUUGACUGCACGCUUUGCAGGACAAAGCUAUUGUUUGUUUAAAAGUAAUUGUUUUAGGAUGAGGAAAGUUACAAUGCACUGUACGCCUGCCUCAUCCGACCGCCCAGAACAUUGUCCAGUCCUGUUGCAUUUAUGGAUGACCUUUUUCACACACAGCAUGGAUUAAGAUACCAGGAAGCUGUACUCCACGCACUGAAAGUACAUUCAACAUUUUUUUUAAAGUUGAAGACUUAGCAGUAUUAACCAACAAUAUAUAAAUUGUGAAAUAAUGACAAUACCUAGGAGAAAGAAGUGUCGCUUAAUGUAUAGUAGUUGUAUAGUUGUUUAACAAUGUAUAGUGGUUAUUUUUGUAUUCUUGUAUAUUACAGCUUGGAUGAAGUAUUUCAGUUUGGAUGAAGCACUGUUGCCUGCAGUAUUUUGUUAGAAAUUGGUAUUUUGAGUAGUGCUCAAGCACAUAACCUUAUAUUGUAUAGUUAUGGUUUACUCUUUAAAAUGUACAGUUAUUUUAUAUAAAAAAGUUUUCGUUGUUGUUUUAUUUUUUUUAAUUAAUUUUAUAAAAAGAAACAAUAGCACUUUACAUAUUGUCCAUCAAAAAUUGCUUAUUAUGUAAGAUUUACACAUUAAACGCAAUGGUUUGAAUUUGUUUCCACAGAAUCUCAAAACUCUAGACAUUUAAACCUGUAUAUUGUGAGUUUCAGAGAUGUAGCCUGUAUAUAUUUGUUCUUACGCAGUUGGCACAGGUUCAGGAAUUAACUUUCAGCUUUGGAGCACAACUGAGGACUUCACUGUCAUUGAGUGUAUGUGUGUGUGUUUUAUGGACAUUAUAUGGUGUAAAUAAUUAGUGCAAAAACGAUGGUGUUGUGCUUGCAUGGCACAUUGUCCAACAGACCUACAGUACCAAAGGCAUCUUGGCCAGCAUUUCACAAACUGACAAGGUUUUGCAUCAAGGAGAUCAGGCUCAGCAGCUGAGUAGAAAUGUUACCACUUCCAAGUUUCCCACAAAGGUACACAUCAUCCUUAGACACAAGUCAUAGACUUUUCAUUGCUGCUGAGUCAAAAUCUUUGAACUCUCUACCAAACACACUGUGGGAGUAUUUUCACCACUUGGACUGCUAUUCUGCAAGAUGAAGGUUGACUCUGUCCUUCUUAAUGUUGUCUAAGGAUAUGCUUGAAAAGUUUUCUUCUUUUGGUGCUAACCACAAGCUGAGAAGAUCUUGAAAUUACUGCAGUGUGGAAAAUCACCCACAGUCUAUGCCCUAGCACUUAUAUUUUCUCAUUUUUGCUGCAUGAAGUAAGCAAAUGUGUAAAUGUGAACUCAUCUCAACAGGAUAGCAACACGUGUUAACUCUCUAUUAAAGUAGGUGGAAUAAACCACUGCUAAAAAUAGGGUUAUUAAAAGUAGCCUCCAUGGCCAGUUGUCCCAUUAUUAAUGUUUUAACAUGUAAAAGGAACAAAAUAAUUAAAGUCAUCUUUCAACAAGAGACUAUGUCCCAAUUCCAUUCUAUAUUUUCAGAUCUGCGGUUUGUUAUUCAAGCCUGAAUUAAACUAAUACAAUAUUUACUUUUGAGGUAUAAAACCCAUCGUCAACUCUUACACUGUUGCUAAUGCAAUAUCCCAUAAAAAUACUAUCUCAUCACAACUUAUUUACAACACAUCAGCAUAAAUAAGCUAGUUAAAAUGUCAAUACUUGCUACUUAUUUUAAUUUUAAUCAAUGUUAAAAGAAACAUUAUUUCACAAUGGAAUCCUAAGUCAAUCUCUUUUCAAUGGUUCUGUAUAAAUAAACCUUAACCUGUUCACUAAGUUUUUUGUCGCUAUUGUCCAUGACCAAGUAUAUUCGGGGGGUGGCACUGAACAGGUUAAAUGUUGGUCACUAAUUUCAGAUAAUAAGUAUGCUUCUGAACUACAGUGUUUAUUAGAUUAACUGUUUAGUGGUAGUAAAUCACCUUAUUUAACCAUUGCAUGGUAUGCUGUUUGAAAAGCUGUUCCAAGGCCCUACAUUGAAUAGAAUGACAUAAUAUAGAAGGAUACAAAUAAUAAUAAACAAGUACUAUGAACAAUUAUAAAGCAGUAAAAUAUACACUUUCAGAAGAGAAUGCACUUCACUGCAUUGCAAUUCAUUAUCCUAAAAUAGCAAUGUAUGCCCAUAACUAAUGCAAUAGUGACUGUAAGAUGUGCUUAAUGGACAUGGUGAUUUUAUGAUUUGUCAAAUAUUUUAUUUAAGAAGUGUUUCCUUUCCCUAUUGGUAUUCUGGGUUUAUUACAUAAAAAAGUGGUUAAGAAAAUAAUUAUUAAGAAUUAGUAUUUCUAAUAUGUGACAUCUUAGCUUGAAAGAUCAAUUGCCACAGACUUUGUAGAUGAAAGACAAUUGUUUUAAUGGGCAUGCAGGUAAUUGCCUCAAGAAGAAAAUCUUAAUUUAAUUGGUCAUAAAUUUGACUGCAAUCGAGAAAUUAGUAGGAAGAUAAGCAAAUAUUUAUUCAAUGGAGAAGGGGAUAACAAAUAAAGUAUUAAACUAUAAUUUACAGCUCCUCAACUUGAACUGUUUAAAAUGACAGGCUGGAUAUAAUUGUCAGCAAAGACUGAAUGGUGCCAGUAAUUUGUGACACUUGCACUUUCCCAAUGACUUUUGAGAGCUUUUGCACAAAUUCACAUUGGAAAAUCAGCCAAAACGUGCAGCAACCUUAGCCGAACAUUUGUAUCCAUAUAAACAGAGCAAACACUGUGUGGCUCCUCAACUGAUCUUGUUAAACGAUCAUAUGUAUACAGAUCUCUGUAUUGCCUAUAUUAAAAUCUUAUAGCCCAAA